GCAAGCAGCUCGAUUUCUUGCCUUUCACUUGCGAUCGCUGCCGCCAGGUGCUCCCCUCCCCUCGCAUCCCAUCCUUUUCAUUUCUUGAGAAAUCUUCAAUUUGUUUGGUUCCAAUGCUACUAUGGAUACGCAAUUGCGGUUAGGAACGAGAUCUCCGCUUGCAGUUUCUCAAAAUUUGGAAGGUAAUUGAGUCAUAAUAGCUCGCUUCAAUAGAAUGGAAUUGCAAAGGGAAAGUCUUUUGCUCAUUAGUCAAUCCAAGUUACCAACUUGUCUUAGGAAAUUCAAAGGCGGAGGUCUAGUACUCCUAGGCCUCCUGCUACUAGUUACCGUAGGAAGAAGGUGGAGAAAGGAAGAUCUACCUGAAGAUACCCAGGAGAUCUGUCGUGAUCCAACCUUCACUCUUUAUCACACAAACCACAUUCCAGAUAGCGUUGUCCCGGUCCUGCUUGUUGCUGGAUCAAGCUGAAAAAAAAGCACUUCAUGAAUGGGAGGCUUGAUGUUGCGCGGCAGAAUGUGAUGUAAUAAGCUACUGCAAAUCGACAUUAGAAGACAUGCAUUAGUGUGCUGCACCUGGCGAAAAUAUGACAUGAAUAUAU